AACUCCAUUCAAACGUAUUUUCUCCUCCCUCCCUUCCCUGCGCCGCUCGUUUUCUUCACUUCUACAGCCACGGUCUUUCUUUAUACCUUCCCGUUGCUUUCGUUCUUCUUUCGUUCUUGGCCAUCGCCUCCGCAGGAGUCGUGCUCUUCAAGCCAGUCUUUUAAAGAAUGGCUAGUCAUCCUGCUCGCACUCUCUUCACUACUACCAAUCUUCUCCGUCGCUGCUUCUCUUCUCUUUCAAUGCCCUCUCAUGCUUCUCGGUCUUUAUCUGUCCUUCGUUCUCUGCGCCCAAUAUACGCUGCUGCCAACUUUGCUUCUUUCAGCUCUGGGGCUUUCACUGCCCGGUCUUUCUCAACCCGUACUACAACGUUGUCGCUCAAUGAUCCCAGUCCUAAUUGGUCUAAUCGGCCUCCAAAAGAGACGAUAUUGCUUGAUGGUUGUGAUUUUGAACACUGGCUUGUUGUUAUGGAGAAACCAGAGGGUGACCCUACCAGGGAUGAGAUUAUUGAUUACUAUAUCAAAACCCUAGCUCAAAUUGUAGGCAGUGAGGAAGAAGCAAGGAUGAAGAUCUACUCGGUGUCGACCAGGUGCUACUAUGCAUUUGGAGCACUUGUGUCUGAAGAGCUCUCUUACAAAAUCAAAGAGUUGCCCAAGGUUCGAUGGGUUCUUCCUGAUUCAUACUUGGACGUGAAAAACAAAGACUAUGGAGGGGAGCCAUUCAUCAAUGGUCAAGCUGUUCCUUACGAUCCGAAGUACCAUGAGGAAUGGAUAAAGAACAAUGCUAGAGCAAAUGAGAGAAAUAGGCGCAAUGAUAGGCCUCGGAACUUUGAUCGAUCAAGAAACUUUGAAAGAAGAAGGGAAAAUGUGCAGAACCGAGAUUUCCAGAGCACAAGAGCAGCUUCAAUGGAUAAUCAAGUGGUAAACAACAUGAGUGGACCAGGUGGACCUCCACCACCACCUCCUCACAACUACUCGGCUGGACCUCCACCACCGCCUCCUCAAAAUUACUCAGCUGGACCUCCACCAUCACCACAUCAAAAUUUCUCAGCUGGACCUCCACCACCGCCGCCUCAUAACUACUCGGCUGGACCACCAGCACCAAACAGCUACCCACCACCACCAAACAGCUACUCACCACCACCGAACAUGGGAGGAAUGCCCCCAAAUUCCGGAUGGUCAAAUAACAUGCCUGGAAACAUGCAGCAGAACUUCCAGAAUGGCCCUGACAAUAGAGGCAUGCCUCACCAAGGUGCACCAUCCAACUACCAGAACUACAAUUGAAACAGGGAUGGAAGCCUAUAGGCAUGAAAUGUAAAUAUGUAGGGGUUCUCUUUUUUUUUUUUUUUGGUUCUUGUUUGAUGGCUAAUGAUCUUAAUGUUUAGCUUCCUGAUAAUGCGAAGCCAUUACUAUUGUGGACUGCAUGGUGCUUUGCUUUGAUAUUUAAUUAGAUGUUAUUACAAUUUUAAGAAUAUAAUUCAAUUUAUAGUAGCUGUAGCA